ACUAUUUAAUACUUCCCCUUUGAAAAACUAUUCUGCGAAUCGAAGUGUAUCUUUGGAUAAGGGUUAUUCAUGGCUGCGCUAUCUUUUCUCCUCAAGGUCACGCUACUGUGGAUCCUUUUUCAGGCUUGUCAGUCUGCCGAAUGGGAAGGCAUCCGCUACGAUCCGAAGCAUCCUGGUAAGUGCACCAUUCACCAGGGACUCGUCCUGAAUCCAGGUGUCAGCAUCAAGGAUCCCACGCACGAGUGCCGCCAAAUUGUGUGCGGACACAACGGACGGGUCGCUUUCCACAGCUGCGGAGUGACCGUCCUUGCGCCUUCUUGCCUCCACGGUGAGUACAUCAAUCCCGAGAAACCCUAUCCUGAAUGCUGCCGAAGAGCCCUCAUUUGCCACUAGGCAGGCUGAUCUAUCUUUUUCAUUUGGAUAUUACAAAA